UUGCUAAUUCAACUUUGACUGUUUCAGAUUUUCCGUGAAAAUCAAGAAGGAAAAAAAACCCUUAAAAUCAAAACCCUAAUCCUAUUUUUUUUUCCUUUUUGAUUGUGGAAAACAAAGCAAGCCCUCAACUGGACAACAUGGGGUCUGAACAGAAUCAAGGAACCAGCUUUCCCCCGUCGGAGCCGAAGCUUUGCGCUAACGGUUGCGGGUUUUUCGGAACGGCGGCGAACAUGAACCUCUGCUCCAAGUGUUACCGGGACCUCCGUGCUGGGGAGGAGCAAGCGGCGAAGGCGAAAGCUGCCAUGGAGAAAUCCCUUAGCGUCAAACCGAAAGAAGAUGUCGUUGUGGAGACGUUUAAGCCCGUUGAGAAGCUGCCUCAUGCGGGUUCAUCAUCAGCGGCGGUUGAGCAACCGGCCGUGGCUCUCUCCGGCGAUGAACAGCCCGAGCCAAAAUUGUCGAGCAGGUGCUUUAUCUGCAGAAAGAAGGUUGGAUUGACUGGGUUUAAGUGCCGAUGCGGGAGUACGUUCUGUGGGGAGCACCGGUACCCAGAAAAACACGAGUGCUCCUUCGAUUUCAAGGGCACUGGACGCGAUGCGAUUGCCAGUGCAAAUCCCGUCAUCAAAGCUGACAAAUUGGAGAGGUUUUGAAAGGUGGGGAGCUUGGAGUCAGUUUGCCUGAAUCGUGUUCUUCAAUGGGUUUGCCUUCUUUUUUGCCCUCUCAACUUUUUGAGAGUUAUAUUAGGUUUUAAGGUCAGUGGGUCAAUGGAACAUUGGGUGUUUCUAAAUGUUCUGGCAAGUGUUUUAUGGUAAUUGAAGAUGAUUGGGACAGUAUUGGGGUGUGGCUUAGGUUGAUUCAUAAUAAAAAUGGAUCAAUGAAUGUUUCUGGUUUGAUCUUCAUUAUAUCCAUAUUUGUUAAGUAUAUAUAUUUAUUUAAGAUUAAAGCUAUCUGCCUUAUAUGCUUGUUGGAUUAAAAUCUUAUCAAAUUUCCUAUUACUUGAUUAAUAUAAGGUUGUAAUUCUCAUGAAA